AGGUCGAAUCUAUGGAAAAGUGUUCAGAAGUUUAAUGGGAAGCAAUGAAGAUGGUAUCUAAUUAGGAGAGGACUUAGUUGCCGUGACAACUGCUGGGUUCUACGGUCUGUGUCAGGUGUUAGAGUCACAGCGUAAUAUUGGUGUAGUAUUACAGGUCGCCGUUGUAUCAUACUCUCUCUCUCUCUCUCUCUCUCUCUCUCUCUCUCUCUCUCUCUCUCUCUCUCUCUCUCUCUCUCUCGCUCUCUCUCUCUCUCUCUCUCUACCUUUCUCCUCGGAUCCCUUUUGUUACACUGCAGUUCUCUCACGCCAUCUCAGUUUAAUGUCCACAUCUUAUCAUUUGUUCGAGAGCUUUCCCCCCGGGGCACCCACCCCGCAGACUAGUGCCCCGGGAGACCCCCCGAACAGCGGACCUUCCCCGGCUUCCACAACCCCAUCAGUGUCAUGGCAACAGGAAUCGUCGCCAACUUGGAAACAGGAAUCCGUGAUGCAGGGUCCCAGUUUUACCGGGUACCGCCCCCCAUCCGGUUACCUUGACAACAUGACUCCCAAACCACAAUCAGUUACCGGGGGCUUCAACCCCAGCAUGUUUAACCUGAACAAGAUUCAGGAGUUCCAGAUCCUGGCCAAGUUGGGGGCUAUUCAGGAGAACUACCUCGCCAAUAACUCCUCUAGAGCAGACCACCAUCACGUCGGUGCACCCCAAAACUACAACACCCAGCCCCACAUGUACAACGGAUCCACAGGUUCCAUGUCCCCCAACAGCAGUUACCAUGACAACAACUCCGACCCCACUGAUUACAGUAGCUUGCUCGAAAACUUUGAAAACUUGGGUCUAGGAGAUAGGAUACCACUGAGCAUGUUACAAAGACGUGUUAAGAAACCGCCAGAGAGUUACAUGUGUCACAUUUGUUUUGACAAAGGACAUUAUAUUACUGACUGUCCGCAGAAGGGUGAAGGGAUGACUCCUUACCAAGGAAAGAAGAGGUGUUUCGGAGAAUACAAGUGUCCUAGAUGUAAGAGAAAGUGGAUGAGUGGAAACAGCUGGGCUAAUAUGGGACAGGAGUGUAAGAAGUGUCAGAUAACGGUUUAUCCUCACAAACAGAGACCCCUGGAGAAACCUGAUGGUUUGGAUGUGUCCGACCAGAGCAAGGAGCAUCCUCAGGAACUCUGUGAGAAGUGCAGAACUCUGGGCUUCUACUGCCGAAGGAUUAACGUGAGCGGUUUGGCAGCAGACUCGGACAGAAGCUCUGAAUCUGGUUCCCAAACUCAACUCUACAACUUGAUGAAUCUGAAGCAGUUCAGCCCCACCACUCCCUUCACUCCGCAAACUUCAUUCUCUCCCCAGAAAAACAGCUUCGGGUUGCCUGAUAUCCAGAGUGCUGAUCUACCGGGAUUUUCCCCGACCCCCACUUCCCUGGCUAGCUUUGGAGCUGGUCUAAACAGAGGAGGAGAACAGGGCGGCUUUGGCAUGGAGCAGACGGGUCCCAAUUGGGCAGGGUAACUGGUACAGGACGGGGUUGUGAAAGGUAGAAUAUAUAUUUGGUUACCGUGUACUUGCGGUUGCAGGUUAAACUGGUUUCCCGAGUGACCGGUCACCUGAGAAGCCAGUAUCCGAAGUAACCGGUAUCGUAGUAACUUUGAUUAUACCGCUAAUUUGGGAACUUAUCCCACUUAUUCGAACUUCAAAACUUCAGAAGGCAAGAUUUUAGAUCAAUUAUAACUGUCCGUGCGAAUAUUGCACCGAUUUAGCAGUAGUUGAAGUAGGACAUUUGAUUGUAAAUUUAAUUGUUUUAAAAUUUAAGCGGAUGUGAUGUAUCGAAACUUUUGGAGUGGAUCGUUUUUGAAGGUAUUUUGUAUUAUUCUUAUAAUUACUUCAAAAAAUGUUGAGGUGCAGUAUUAUUCCAGGUCGUAUAUUUUGUGAUUUUUGCAUGCCUAAUUGUCUACAUUAUUGUUAUUACUAUCUCGAAAAGCGUAUUUAUAUAUGACUGAACACUUUAUUUUUGCAAGCGAUACAUUUUUGCAACCGCCACAUUUUGCGAGUGUUUAUAUAGUUCAGAUCCGUGUGUAAUUAAUUUUCGAAAUGUUUUACAGUGCAUUUGUAUGUGCCAUGUUGUUAGACAAUUUAAAUAGUUAAAAUAUGUUUUAAAGAUAUGCAGCGCAUAACAAAUGAGAAGUAUCGCAGCUUUGUCCGGUGGAACCACGUAUAAUGAAUCGUCCGUAUUUUCUUGUAAUUUCACCGAAUCUGACCUGAGAGUUGUCCAACCCAACACUUUAAGCAGGUUGGGCGCUUAUUAGAUACCUAAAUGUACUUUUUGUCACUGUUGGGUACUCUUAGGGCCCCAUAGAUUCACGGACGAGCAGGUCGGAUUCUUGACCCACUCUUCGAGCUGCGAAUGAUCAUUUGAAGUUGAUUAUAUAUCACAUUGUAUUCUGUAUAACCGGUCUCUCUAUUUGUGUACGUUUUAUUUGAAGAAAUGUGUGCUCGUUUAAGGUCAGAAGGUCUGACAAGACAUUAUAUAUUAUGCACCUUAAUUAAUAGUUUACAGUUCAUUUUAUCAGACAUGGAAAAUUUCCUGUUGGUGUAGUGGUGUCAGCGUGGUGUCCGGGUCUCAUAUCGACGGUACAGCCUCAUUAAAGAUGUGGAUUAUGUUGGGACAUUAUUUUGACACCUGACAUUGAUUCUGGGGUCUGAUUGAUUAAUAGUCGAAGCGGAUUGGUUAUUUGCUGUCACGUGUCAAAAAGUAUGCUUAACGUCUCCAAUAUAUUGUUGACCAUGCCUGGUCAGGUUUAUUAAUAUAAGGGUACCCAUUUCAUACCCUCAAGAUUUUGAAUUUCUUGUUGCGGAUUAAUAUUGUCUUAUUGAUAGCUCACAUGACCCGUUUACAAGUAUCGGUUUGUAAAUUUAGUAAUGACCUUGGCUGUAUUUAAUUUCAUGAUUCAUCCCAUUAUUCAUUUGUAAUUUUAAAGGUUAACUUGUAUUUAGCUCGAAACCUUUGGCAUUCAGAAUGGUUCAUUAUGCCUCAUAUAAGGCAAAAUCUCAGAAUUAUUAGUGAAUUACAGGAUUUCAAGUUGCAAAUAUUACUAUCCGAUCAAGAUCUAAGUUGUUUUCUCAUUUUUAGACAAAUCUGGUUAUAUACUUAUAUAUGAACGCACAGUUUCUAAAAUGUUUCCACAUUGGUGCAGAUCCGAUUUGAUAAUAUAGUGAGCUUGAUAGUGAUAAUAAUUGCUGAUUCUUCCGUUAAAUAACCGGGGCUGCACGCGUCUGAUUAUCAAAACAGGGUUGUACUAAUCGUUUAAUAUUUUAUCUCAUAUAUGUAAAUACUAGACAUUUAAUUUUUAGAUAUUAUCUAGCGUUAUAUAAUUGCCACGUGGUGACAGGACCGUACUAUAUUUGUAUAUAUCUUAGAUUAUAGAAUCAAUUGAUCCUCAACAGAUAAUACGUGAAACUAUUGACUAAAACCGAA